UUUUAUUUUUCGUGGCUGGGACACGGUUCUUGUUGGUGAUCAUAUACUAGCUGGGAGGCCACAAUGUGAGCAUGGAUGUGGCUGCUUUUAUUUCCCUUUACGUGAAGAACGAGAGGCAGCAGGAAGUAUUCAGCUAUGCUGAGAGAACAAUUUCUGGGCUCGAAAAAGAAACUAGAAGCCCUUCUAAGAAAUGAGUAAUUCUGUUUUGUUAUCCCUAUCCUUGGUGAAUGCAGAUUACAACUUAUCCCCAUGUGCAGUGCUUCUGCUGCAUUAUUUGGGGUACCAUCUUCAGAGCUGCUGCUUCUCCUACAGUGUUAUCUGUCCCACACACAUGACAUGGAGUAUGUUUACCAUCAGUCUUGAUAAUGGAUGCUUUUCUUCUGCUUUCUCCUUGGUGCUGUCACAACCCAUUUUUAAGAUGAUGAUGAGUUCUUCAAAGCGUGAAAAGGAAUGGAAGUUGCAAGACGGUACUUUCCAGGCAGAAGUAUAUCCUUCAGAUGAUGAAGCAAUUGAGAAACCAAGUGAUAAGACAGCAAUCCAUCAAGAUCCAGAUUCCAAACCUGCUGUGAAAAAGAAAAGAAAACAGCCUACAGAGUGUUUUCUUAGUCAACCUGAAGAAAAACAAGAGAGCACUGUAAAAGCAAAGAAGAGAAAGAAGAAGAAAAUAUCUGAUGUUCUGGAAAAAUCCUCUCCAAAACCUGGUGUCCCUGAGGAUCUACAGAAUCUGCUUAGUCAACAUUUUGGCGCAAAACGUUCAGUGAUUGAAAUAGAGGAAUUAAAGCUGUCAGAUUCCUGCUUCUUGCCAGCCAAUGAUCUCACCCACAGUUUUUCUUCAUACCUGAAAGAGAUCUGUCCUAAGUGGGCAAAACUCCGUAAAAACCACAAGGAGAAGAAGUCAGUGGUGAUGCUGGUUAUCUGCAGUUCUGCCCUUCGUUCCUUGGAACUCAUCAAGUCAAUGACAGCAUUUAAAGGAGACUGCAGAGUUCUGAAACUGUUUGCAAAGCACAUAAAGAUAAAAGAACAGAUUAAUAUGUUGGAGAAAGGUGUGUUCCACAUUGGGGUUGGAACUCCUGGGAGGAUAAAAGCGCUGGUGGAGCAAGAUGGCCUGUGCUUGAACUCCACAAAAUAUAUGAUUCUGGAUUGGAACUGGAGAGAUCAGAAACUAAGGAGAAUGAUGGAUAUCCCUGAGAUAAAGAAAGAAACAAUUGACCUACUGGAGAUGAGUAUUAUAAAGCUAUGCAGAGAAGGGUCUGUGAAGCUGGGACUCUUUUAAUGGCUUUACCUACAAGGACGUCAUUUACAGCUGCUUUUUACUUCUAUCCUGUCUGCAACUGGCAAGUGAUUAACAGUGAUCGAAUUAGGAAUAUUGACUUUUCUGAGGUCAAUCAAUACAGAAAGAAUGCACAGUGCAACUUUUUCUGAUGUUCUUUUUCUUUUAAUAAUAAAAACAGAAGUUUUA